UUACACAGAACAGAACAGUACAGUACAGUAGGGAUCAUAUUGAUGAUUAAAUUUCCGUUGUACGGAUUGGAUGAAACAUUUAUAGUUUCACUGUUACGGGUGGUGGCACACACUGGUCAACAAGCUGGCAAAGAAUAUAGCUUGCUUGCUAUAAUAAAGUAACGUCAACUUUAGCCAGCUAACGAGCUAGGCAGCAAACCAGCUAGCCAACGCAAUUGUACACAUGCGAGUAGACUAACAUUAGCUACUAGCUAGUACUAGCCUCUAAAUAGAGGCGUUGGGGAAAAUGCAUUUCUGCUAACACGUUUUCAACACAACUAACGUUAGUUGACGUCAUCAGCAGCUGUAUAAUAAAAAACUUUACAGCUUUGACUAAGCUGAGAACGUACAAAUCUAUGUCCCUUUUCAGGGAACAAAAUUAUAAAAUACAGACAAGAGUCACCAUUCUUGUUAGUUUUGUCGUUUAGCUAACCGCAUGAUUUGCGCGGUCUUGUGCAAGGCAGACCUGAUUGCUGAUACAAAUUUACUCAUCUUAGCUACACUUUUCCUGGCCGUGAUAUCCAAGAAACUUGACGAACGUAAACCUCCAGGAAACGCCGACAAUGGAAAACGGAAAUGUAGCCGACGGAGAGAGCAGCGCGAAGAAGCAAACAGGUUCACGCGAUCAGCAGUCUUUGAAGAACGAGGUUGGGUAUGAAAUCUCCAUUCCCUUUGAAGAGAACAACUUUGAGCAGCCUGGCUUUUUUAACCAGAAUGAACACAUGUUUGAAGAGUCUCAGACCGGUCCCCCCCUGCCCGGCAGCUCCUACCUGGUGAUCACAAACCUGCGCACGCAGCUGCAGAUCUCUCUGGAGAAGAACUCCUGGCUGCAGAAGCGCAUCGAGGACCUGGAGGAGGAGCGAGACUUCCUGCGAUGCCAGCUGGACCGCUUUAUCUUCUCCACGAAGAGCCAGGAGAGCAACGGAGCAGCGCAAGCAGGGAAUAACAGAAGAACCUUUACAUGGGGAAGGAGGAGAGCUAAUGAAUCAGACCGGAAGUCCGGUGAUCACAGCCCACCAGUACCUCCCCGCCAGUCAGUCCGCAGAAGGUCCGCCCCAGAACCCCUAGCAAAAACCAAAAGUGCUUCUUCCAGCCAGACCAACCAACAGAUGGGACAGGGCUUCUCGUCCCCACAGUCACAGUCACUCGUGCAGGGCCAAGGGGCCAAUAACCGACAAAUGACCGACAUACCUGAAUCCUUGUCUCUGCUUGGAACAGAGGAGUUUCUUGAGCAUGACAGCUACCUGGAGGAAGAGGAAAUUAUGUCUGGAGAAGAGGUGCUGUCAGAGAGCAUGACCUUAAGGAAUCUGGGAUCGGGCGCACGAUCCAUCAGCGGGCAUCCAGGGAUGAAGAUGAGGAGGGUCUACCGAAUUGCUCGAGGGAGGGAGAGAGUUAAAGACACGGCUGGCGUGCUGUUCCGCUACAAAAAGAUUCUGGUGACGUACCAGCGGCUGAAGAACAUGUCCAAGGCCUUCCAGAUCCACGGGGUGGACCGUAACACGGUGGCCUCCACCACGCCCAUCGCAGAGCUGCUGCUGGUGGCCCCCGAGAAGGUGGCGGAGGUCGGCGAGUUUGACCCCUCCAAGGAGAAGCUCCUGGACUACGCUCGCCGCUGCUACAUUGCCCUGGACGAGCAAACGCUCACCAAGGUUCAGGCGCUGAAGAAGAACAAUCUUCUGCUGCCCAUCUCCUACAGGUUGAAAGUGAAAGGAGGAGAGGAACGGUAAUGGGAUCAGUGCUACUCUGAAACGCAUCUGCUGUACAAUAAUACACCACACUGUAUUUUACUGUACCAUAAUAUACUAUAUCCCUGUACUGUACUAUACUAGUGUACUAUACUGAAGAAAACUGUUGUGUAGUAUGUAAUGUACUUUACUGUCUUGUACUAUGCUACAGUACUUAAGUAUAUUAUUGUAAUGUAUAAUACUGUACCACUGUGCUGUACUAUACUAUGGUGAAGUAAAAGAUUACACUGCUGUAUUCUACUCAAAUUUUUGCUGCUGCGUUCUCAGUAUUGUAAUGUACCACUGUGAAUGCAUGCAUGGAGAUAAUUGCCUUGAUGGAAUUAUCCUAUUUUUAUUUAUUUGUUUAUUCUUGAUUAUGUUUUCUUAUGUGUAGUUACAUUAAUUCCUCUCAGGAAGAACAUUUAUAGUUUCAUUUACUCCAUUCAUAAUGUCUGUCUCUACUCUGUUAAUUGGGUUCAGUCUUUAUUUAGUCAGUGGUAUUAACCAUAAGCAAUGUGAUCCGGCCCUGAAUUUAUUUUAAAAUGGAUUGUUGAUGGUAGUUGACUGUAAGUAGUAGUACUGGUGGUUCAGCAGUAGUGUCGCCUGUAGUAUUGUAUAGCAGUUGUGUGUGUAUUAUGUACACUGGCAGAGAAAAUGUUGGAACAACUAUAUUGAAAUGACCUGUUAAGUGUGUAAUGAAGUGCUCAUCACUUCUUUAAUAGUUUACUGAAAACUGAUUGUGAUGGCAGGAGUCUGACGGUUGAACUGGAUGAAUACUGUGUGUCUGUCUCUACAGAGUUGCUUGAAAAACUUUCGCUCGUCUCUCUGAACUCAAGUAAAUUGCCUGCAUUCAUUUGAUACGGGUUAGGGGAGUAGUUUUCAAUUUUCCUCAGGAACCAAUCGUGUACGGGAUAAGUAUGAUAUAGUUUGCUUAAAAACCUGUGAGUAAGGUAGUAAGGGUUGCAAAAGACUUUGUCUGCAGCUUUUUAAAAAUGUAAUGUUUUAUUCCUACUUAAAUCAGAGUAGCAAUAUUCUAGAAAACAAGAGGUGUUUGUCCUACUGAAAAACGAUAGCGUCUUGAUUACACCGAUUGUGAUGACACUAAAGGUAGAAAUGCAAAUAAAGCAUUGGUUUCUUAAAAA